CGGGCUAUGGCAUCAGCAAAACUCUACAGGCAGCUGGUGCUCGUCUGUUUCCUGAGCAUUUCAGCGUAUAUCGUGGUUCUGCAGCCGUUUCUACGCGAUCUCGCCACUGAAAGGCGUCGGUCGCAGUGGUCCCCGCUUCGCAGCGACCAGCAUCAGCCGGCCGGCCAAGGGGCGCCAUCUGCAGAGGGCGCUGCUGCGGCCAGGCCCGGUCACGGUCUGACUGGCGACGGCCGGUCUCAUGGUCCAGAUCGGGUGCAGAAUUCGGCAGCCCGAGCAGAGGACGCUCGGAUCAGCACUGCAGCUCCUGUCCCUCCGCUCAAAUACAUCCUCUACUGGAACGAGUUUUACGGCUCGAUGGAGUUUCAGUGGGGCUCUGGGCAGAAGCCGUUCAUCGAAAACGGCUGCGAGGUCAACACCUGCUUCGGCACAAACAACCGCAAACUUUUGAAGAUGGAUCAGUUUGACGCCAUUCUUUUCCACGCCCAGACGCUGCCGUUCUUUGACUGGCCAAAGGUGCGUUCUCCGCACCAGCGCUAUGUGUUUGUGACCACGGAAUCGGCCCAGUACGUGGCCAUUCCGCUCACGUUCUACAACAACUUGUUCAACCUGACGCUGACCUACCGUCGCGACUCGGACUUCCCCUACCCUUACGGAGGUGUGGAGCCGGUGCCGUCCCCACCUCCAACCUCGACCCGAAACUACGCCGCCGGCAAGACCAAACUGGUGGCCUGGUUCGUAUCGCACUGUUCAUCGAGAAGUAAUCGAGGAAAGUACGUGAAGCUCCUUCAAAAGUAUAUACCAGUGGAUAUCUACGGUAAAUGUGGCCCAUUUAAGUGCCCGAGAACCUCCGACAACAACUGCCAUAAAACCCUGCUGAACAAUGACUACAAGUUCUACCUAUCUUUUGAAAACAGCAUCUGCAAUGACUACGUGACGGAAAAGUUGUUUGACGUUUUGAAAUAUGACGUGGUUCCAGUGGUCUUGGGUGGAGCAAACUACUCUUCAUUUGCCCCUCCCGGAUCGUACAUAGAUGCCCUGAAGUAUACACCAGAGGAACUAGCAAAAUACUUGCUCAAGCUAGACAAGGACGACGCUGCUUAUAACGCAUACUUUAAUUGGAAAGGCAAGUAUAAAAACGUGGAGAAGAUUUCAUAUAAAAAGUCGUCAUUUUGUGAUCUUUGUAAAUAUCUUCAUUCAGACAAAACAAAGAUCUACACAAGCAUGAAUAAAUGGUGGGUCAAGGGUCAGUGUAAGAGUUUGAAACUAUAGCUAGACAGUAAAAUGAUAAUGGGGAUAACUUGUGUUUUGUUCUUUAACAUGCCGGAAAUAGAAAUAACGGAAAAAUGUCAAGUUGGUAGCAGAUCCCACGAUAAGAGAAAAUUGUUGUACUUAUGUUGAAUGCACACACUGCACACUUCCACUCCCUCUUCAAAUGUCUGCAGCUGGUCUGCAUUCAAACGACUUGGUUCACACUUUGUAUGGUAGACAAAUUCUCAGAUGUUGAAGGAAGCUUUCUCUACGUUACCUAUGCAUUUUGGCUAAUUGUGUACAUUUGUUUUAUGAACGGUCCCAAUGUCGUUCCUUAUUUUCUGACAAACAUCUAGUCUCCGUCCUAGGUUUCCUUGUGCUAUCACAUUCAUUGCUGUAGUACUUACAUGGACAGAAACAUCCAGGCGAAUAGAGGCAUGGCAUGACGUAUUCGAUGUUCUUCUCAGUGACUCCAUGAGCUAUGCUAUAGGUUACCAGCACUCGCUGAUGAUUUUCUUUUUAUCAUGCAGUUCAGCGAUGUUGUCCUGUGUGUGCAGGUAGACGGGCUGUGAUGCGCGUGCGUGUUUGUGAAGUUAAAUGUGUUCUAGAUGUGUAUCUGUAGGUGUUUAUGCUCUUCCCGGCCAGUUUAUGUACAAGCAUGCAUGCCUAGUGGGGAGGAAACGGAAACGGAAACUGAUAAUGGAAACUGCGUGGUGAAAAAUAAACGUUGUCGCAAUAGGGGAGCAAUAGUCGUUCUCACGACGACCUAUAUGAAGAACGCACCAAAAUUGACUGCAAUAGUUUUGGCUGCAAUUUUAACUGCCAGUUGCAUGGAAAUUGCG